AUGCCUCUGCGUUCAGACGCCCUUCACGCACUCGACGACGGUCUCAGCCAUGGAAAUGGCGCUGGCCUUCAGCUUCCGCAGGCAAUUCUGCCCCCGGAGAUUCGGUUGAUGGUUCUGGAAGAGCUCGAAAGACUGGUUGAAGGACGUAGUCGGCUCUCGCACUUCUCCGCCGUUUCGGCAGAGUGGAGAGCCUUCUUCCAACCUCGAAUCUUUGAAACCUUGAGCAUCCGGCAUCCCGGACCGGACGUCACCCAGUUGGACGCAAACGUACGCGGCGACCGAACGAGGCUCGUCAAGCGGAUCUCCCUCCAUGUGACCACGGACGAGUACGACGCCAGACACGACUUCGACAGACCGGAGUCCGGGAGUUCCCAGAGAGCAAACGACACAAUGCUUCAAGAGGCACUGCACGAGCUGUUCCGUGUUCUCUCCAAAUGGGGAUACGCAGAGGAUGCACACGGUAUCUCGCUGGAUAUCAGUGUUAGUUCCCGCAGCGAUGCAGAACACCAGCUCAACCACCGCAACGAUCGACCCCAUCUCAGCCGGUCUCGUGUUCACUCGCAAGACUUCGAGAGAUGCCUUCUCGGUAGCCUCUUCGGCCCAGGCCUCGCCCGCCCGCCGCUUCCGCGGGUGCCCAUCAUCAAACGGUUGUCCAUGAGCAAUCAAAACUACCGCAGCUUCUCGGCGGAGUCUCUGCCCCGAAUCCUUCUCAGCCUGUGCUGCCUCGAAACGGUCAACUACGCGCCCGGACGCUCGAUCGAUGCGGCGGGGCGCAUCGCCCGGAGCCAAGCGAACAUGUCGUUAUUCCAAUGUGUCGAAAAUUCCACCACGGUCAAGUCGGUACAUCUGUCAGAGUCUCGGUCCGAAAUCAGGAACCUCGUCCUGGCAUCCGUCAAAGCGAGCUAUGGGCUUCGGACUCUCGCGAUAUGCCACGCGAUCGAUGCCAGAGAAUUUUUCCAGUGCCACGAAGACGCAAACAGGAUCCCAUCCGCCCAAUGUGCGACCGUGGGGUCUUGGCCGGUUCUCGAACGGCUGGUACUCACCACAGAGACCGGCGACCUAGUGGCUGGCGCAUCCCACGUGGACAGCGUGCUGUUGAUGGCGGCCACAGCCGCUUUGCAGAUGCCAUCGCUGAAGACCAUGGAGAUAUGGGCCUCGAGAAUCGACCACCAUUUCGUGUUCCGCUAUUAUGCAGGCGCAUACGGGCCAACGGUCUGUGUGUGCGCGACCUGGCCGGUGAAGCUCGGGGCCGCAGUGCUCGAUGCGUGGCAGCAGGCGGCGGGCGGACACGCGCAACAAAAGCAACGACAGCUCCGACACAAGGUGGCUUCGUUGGACCCGGGGCCGAUGGAAAAAAGGUCCAUGGACUACUUUUGCCAUAAAAUACGGCCAAAACGUAUCAUGAGAGACUGGUGA